AUGGUGCACAUCAGUAAGAAAUCAAGUAGUUGUUCAUUCAUAAUAAUUAUCGUAUUUGGUAUAUUAUUUUCUUUGAUUGGCUUAUAUUACAUAGUUUCUCCUAAAGCAAAUUAUGAAAUUCUAUCUCACUUGACAUUAGGAAACCUUCUGAAUGUAAAUCCAGUUGAAUCCACUUCUUCAAACGUAGACGAUAUACUAGCGGCUAAACCAACAAUUAGACACCGAUCCAGUUUAACAUUAAAUAAUAUUCUUGACGCGAAGCAUCCUGAACUUAUUUCACCAAAUGGUAGAUUUAUUCUUCGACUAGAAUCAUCGGGUAAUCUUCGUUAUUUAGAAGUUUUGGAUUUACAAACAAAGAUCGAUUCUAUAACUAAUAACGUAUUAUCAAAAACAUAUCUUUUCGAAAAAACACUUUUUUUUACAUCAACUGGUGAUUCUUGGCCUGGUGAACAUAUCGUCAAUUUAACAGCAAACGGAGUUCUUCAAGUACGUGCUAAGCCUACAUUUAUGACAGAAUGGAAAACGACAUGGACGUCUAGUUUAUCAGCACAAUGCAAAAAAUCGAGCAUAGCCAGUAAUAUUCCAAUAUUGGUUAUUCAAAAUUCUGGAUUGUUAGCAAUCUAUGCUCAUAAAAACAGUUCCGAAAAGUUAUGCACAUUACAUCCUGAAGUUAUUUACCAAACAAAUAAUAUGUCGACAAAGAUUACCACAAGUAGUAAAGGAAAAAGUCCUCGUUUAGCAAUUGUUAUUGCCGGUCUUUUUCGAACAAAUACAAUAGCAUGUGUUUCACAUGUUGAAAAAAUUAUCAAGAAAUGGCAGCAAAAACAUGGUAAUUUAGUUGAUGUUUUUAUUUUAACAUAUGUACAAGAUGCUCAUCUUCCUGGCGUUCCUGUCGUCAAUAAGGAAGCAAUUCUAGCAGCUUUAAAAUCAUGUUACAAAGACAAUUUGAAAGGAGCUCAUGUUCGUAAUGUCGCAGAAGUAGAAGAACCUUUUCCUGGUAUUCCUGCUUCUGCAAUAGGGCAAUGUGGUCCUAAACUAAAUCGUUUACAAUCUCAAUUGAAAACAGUUUAUUUAGCAGGACAAAUUAUGCGAAAUUACAUGUUAUCUGAAGGUUUUACGUAUGAUUAUGUUCUUCGUUUACGUCCCGAUACAGAUGCAUGGGGAACUAUUCCUGAUCUACCAAUUUUUAGUGCCGCUGAUAAUGAAGCAACAAUUUAUUUACCUCAUCCUUUUAGAGAACAUUAUUAUUGGUGUGCACAUCAUGAUGGACGAAUACGUACGGGAAUUACGGAUCAACUUGCUUACGGAACUCUAUCAGCUAUGCAAACUUACUUAAAUAUGUACUUAGAAUAUGCUGAUAUGGUUCGAAUAGUAACUGGACAUUAUACAGAUGUAUGGAAGAAAGCUAAACACAAUAUAAUGGGAUGUGAAGGCACUGUAGGUGAAAAUGGUUGUGAUAGACCUAAUGCGGAUAAUUGUGCUAUUGAAUGUACUGUAAGUUAUUAUCUAGUUUUACAUGGUUUAGAACCAGAAAUUUUAUGGACUUGGCAACAAAAUGUAUUAAGAGUAGGUGGUGCACAUAGCAAAGAUUGUGGCAGACCUUUUAACUGUUAA